ACGCAGGCGCAGAUCGUGGGCCGCGAGUCAGCUGACCCAAGGGGCUUCUACGUGUGUUUAAGCCGUUGAUUUUAGGCCGUUCUUUCGGCCGAGAGUCCCCGCAGCGAUGGCGAGUCAGUCGCAAGGCAUCCAGCAGCUGCUGCAGGCCGAGAAGCGGGCGGCCGAGAAGGUGUCCGAGGCCCGCAAGCGGAAGAACCGGAGGCUGAAGCAAGCCAAGGAAGAAGCCCAGGCUGAGAUUGAACAGUACCGCCUGCAGAGAGAGAAGGAGUUCAAGGCCAAGGCAGCUGCGGCACUGGGGUCCCACGGCAGUUGUAGCAGUGAGGUGGAGAAGGAGACCCAGGAGAAGAUGACCGUUCUCCAGCACUAUUUCGAGCAGAACAGGGAUGAAGUCCUGGAUAACCUCCUGGCCUUUGUGUGUGACAUUCGUCCAGAAAUCCAUGAAAACUACCGAAUAAAUGGAUAGGAUGUGGAAGCACCUGCCCUGUGGGUUGGCAUGGGAGAUGCCCUCACAGAAUAGGAAACAUCCACAGAACUCGAGUUCUGUUCUGGAAGGCAUUAAAUUAUUUCUCUAUGCUGUUAUAGAUCCCUUCACUUUUUGAGAGUAUCAAAUCUAACUUUUUGUACAACUUAGUAAGUCCCUGAAGUUUCCUCUUUUUAACUUGUGUGUCUUUAAGGAGUAUAUGUUCCCUGCGUGUCUGUGCAAGCAGCAGGCAUCACUGUUGAUUUUCCUUUAUUAGUCUAGUAGAAAAAAAAACCAAACAAACCAAUUCUUUGAAGAAAGAAAGGGACUAAAUUGUUUCCUUCUACUUUCUUAAAGGUCAGGGGCGUUAUCUAUGAAAAAGUAGUAAAUAGCAUUUGUAACUCUUACGAAGCAGCAGCCAUCCUUACAGUAGUCCAUUCUAGCUAAUUUAGGACAGUGAAUAUGCUUUUUCAGGCUGCUUUAGUGUAUUGUAUCUUAAAUUACUAGAUGCUAGGACUUAAGAAUGUGUUACAUGUUAUUUGGUGUGCUUGUAAUCACUUAAAAGUAAAACUUUGUCUUGCCUUUCA